AUGGCGCUACUGCAUGGUCUAUCUCAUAACGCCAGCUCUCAUAUGUUUCUACGGUGGACUCGUCGACAACAAGAACUUUCUCAAUCAACUCUUCCUCUCUAUCGUCUGCAUGGUCAUUAUUCCUAUACAGUACUGUUUCUUCAGCUAUUCAUUCGCCUUCGGAUCAGGCAACCCCUUCUUUGGCUCGUUCGACUAAACUCUGCAACGAAUGCUGAUAUCCGCUCGACAUGUGAACGACCAGACCACCAGCAAAUCUAUCACAUCCAACCGGUCGAGCCAUCCUUGACGAGAAAAUAUCCAUCAUGCAAGCGGAUCAUAGUGACAGGUUGUCCACAACAAUAUGAAGAUCAUGUAUGGGAUGAGUUUCAUUCGACCGACCAUUGCACCGCUGAUGAGAGCAGAUGUAAUGAUAGCCAGCAAUGGUAUGGAUUGUAUAACAAGGGAAGAGAAGAAAACUCCAUUUUCGUCUCGAUUCCUGCUGUCUGUUCAGCAACAGUCGUUAGUCUGGUUUCUAUCAGAUCAUCUGCUGGUUAUGUUAUCAUCACUGAUGCCGUCGUUAGCAUUAUUUUUUAUUCGUUUCUUUGUCAUGGUCUCGGUGGUUACGUAGGAACUAUUCUUGCUAGAGUCUUCUCACGGUCUGAAGUUAAUAGCGGAGUUAGAAAUGAAGCAACGUACGGAAACCCCGUUCAAGUCGAAUAUCAGCCGAUAGGAAUAAUAGUAACAGUCACAUUCUCUGGUAUUUGUACUGCACAUAUCAAUCAGUAUUCGUAUCAAUCGAGUGAAUCAAGCUUGCAGUCUAGAAAAUGUCGCACACGAAAUUAUCGAUAUUCAACCUGUGCAAAGAGCUCAGCAAAUGAAAUUAACUACUGA